UUGCCCUCUUCAGCUGCAUACUGAUAUGUUUACUGACGGCAGGGAAAUGAGAGAACCAAUGGGCUGGAGAGGCCGGGAGCUGCCCCAGAAACUUACUGGUUUUUCAUUGCUGAUCUGACAAGUGAGAAAAGUGACUAAGAAUACUAAACAGGAAACACUGUAAGCACUCGGGCAAUCUGUGCAGAAAGAGAAACAGAGUUAAUGCUUCAAGUGGAAGAUCUUUCAUCAGACAGAGAACUACUUGUAUCUAACAAGCCUGCUGGCGAAGAGUUUGGUAGUUUUAUUUCACACAAGCAUGGCCACACGUUUUUUCGAGGGGAAGGAACAUGCUGCUCUGUACCAGAAGUACAGACCCUUUGCAUCUACUGAAAUUAACAGCCUCAUCCUCAAAUACCUGGAGAAAAAGAAGGGGAAGCCAUUCAGCCUUGCGGUGGAUGUGGGUUGCGGUUCUGGCCAGAGUUCCAGGGGACUGGCUCCCUUCUUUGACGUUGUGGUUGGAGUUGAUGUGAGCGAGGCUCAGAUUGAAGAGGCCAAGAAGACAUGUGGACUCAAUAAUGUUUCCUAUAGACAGGGUGCGGCAGAGAAGAUGGAUUUCAAGGACGCGUCUGUUGACUUGGUCACAGCGGCGACAGCAGCACAUUGGUUUGAUGUGGAGAAGUUUUUGAAGGAGGUUGACAGGAUUCUAAAGCCAAAAGGCUGCUUGGCUCUCCAUAGCUACCGAUUUCCAUUUGCCAUGCAUUAUAACGGCUGCUCCGAGAGUCUGACUCAGAUUGUGGAAGAGAUGUACGAGAGAUUAGUGCCCUACAAGAGUGAAAGAACACAGAUGGUUUGGAAUAAAUACAAAGAAAUAUUUGAAGCUAUCACAUUCUCAGACAAAGAAAGAGUUGACAAUAUUCUAAUCAAGCACCAAGCAUCUAUCUCAGGGAUCAUGGGUUUAAUUAAAUCCUUAUCUUGUUACCAAAUGUUCCUGAAGAAAGAUCCAGAAGCUGCUAAAUCUUUACUUGAAAUAACAGAGCAAAGACUUCUGCAAGCUAUGGGAGUUUCUUCCAACGAUACUGUGGUGGAAAUAACAAUGAAUUCCUUUUGUUUACUGGCCAGCAAACCAGAGUAAUGUGGGUUUGCUGUUCUCAGGCCGGUUAUACCAAAGUUGCAUCAAUGACUGCAUCAACACUGUUUCCUGACCCAUGCGGAGCUUGUUAACUUCAUCAACUUUGUCUUCAACUUCCACCAGGCCCUCAAAUUUACUUGGUCCAUUUCCGACACCUCCCUCCCCUUUCUCGAUCUCUCUGUCUCGAUCACUGGAGACAGCUUACCUAAUGAUCUUUUAUAAACUCACUGACUCUCACAGCUACCUGGACUAUACCCCAUCCUGUUGAUUGUAAAAAUGCCAUCGCCUUCUCUCAAAUCCCCUGUCUCUACAGCAUCUGCUCUCAGGAUGAGGCUUUUCAUUCCAGAACUAAAAGUCUCCUUCUUCAAAGAAAGGGGUUACCCUUCCUCCACCAUCAAUGCUGCCCUCACCAGUAUCUCUUCCAUUUUGCCCACAUUUGUCCUCCCCCAACCCACCAGUGAUACGGUUCCUCUUGUCCUCACCUACCACCCCACCGGUCUCGGCGUCCAGCACAUAAUUCUCUGUAACUUCCACCAUUUUCAAUGGGAUCCAACCACCAAACACAUCUUUUCUUCCCCCCACUUUUUGCUUGUCCAUUCAAUCCUCCCCACUAUCUCUCUCCUGGCACUAAUCCUUACAAGUGGAACAAGUAUGGAUAAGAACAGGUUGAGUGAACUCAGCAUUUUCUCCUCGGACCGACGGAGGAUGAGAAGUGACCUGAUAGGGGUGUAUAAGAUGAUGAGAAGCAUGGAUCAUGUGGAUAGUCAGAGGCUUCUUCCCAGAGCUGAAAUGGCUAGCGCGAGAGGGCAUAGCUUUAGGAUACCUGGAAGUAGGUACAAAGGAGAUGUCAGGGGUAAAUUAGUUACACAGUGAGUGGUGAGUGCGUGGAAUGGACUACCGGCGACUGUGGUGGAGACGGAUAUGAUAGGGUCUUUUAUGAUACUCCCGGAUAGGUACAUGAAGCUUAGAAAAAUAGAGGGCAAUGGGUAACCCUAAGUAAUUUCUAAGGUAAGGACAUGUUGGGCACAGCUUUGUAGGCUGAAGGGCCUGUACUGUGUUGUAGGUUUUCUAUGUUUCUAAGUGCUACACCUGCCCCUACACCACCUCCCUCACUGCCAUUCAGAGCCCAAAACAUCAACUGUUUGCUCUUUUGCAAAUAUGCUGCCUGGCCUGCUGAGUUCCUCCCGCAUCUUGUGUGUAUUGCUUCAAUUUUCAACAUCUGCAGAUUUUCUCUUGUUUCUGAUAUCAAAGGAACAUCCCAGUUCCCUUGAAGAUAUUUCACAAACAAUCCUUGGUAGGUCCUGGUGUGAGCACAGACACCAUUUGUGAUACAUUUUAAAUGGAUAAGGGAAGGAAUCAAAAUGGGGUUGACGUUCAUCUUCAUCACAGGACACAAGCAGGAAAUAUUGGAUCGGUCACCUGUUACAAAUUCCAGCUCGCUCACUUCUCUGUUGCUGAGGAAAAAGGAGUUUCAACUCACCCAAAAGUUAAGAUUUUAGUGUGCCAGGUACUGCAUAUUUCUGGGUCUUUACAAUGGCUAAGUUUGUCAGCAAUUCAAGGGACAUCUAUAAACAGAUAUAUGUUAGGACUUUCCAAUCUGAUGGACUUUUGUUGUAAUUUCAGCUAACCACCCAGCUCAUUACAACUAGUUUCAUUGUGCAAAUCUUAUACCUAUGGGGUUGAUAGGGCUCAUUGAAAACUUAAGGGCUCUCUGGACAGGGCUGGCAUGUGUUCCAUCUGAAUGUACUGGCCUUGAGCAUCUGCUUUCACAGGGAUUGCUACUCCCCCAAAAUCUCUUUAGAUUUACACUGAUGUGGAUCCAGAAGGAGCAAGAGAUAACUCGGGUCCCAGAACAUAUUUUUAUUCUUGUUCCCACUUAAAGGUCUAAGUGCAGGCCUGCUGAAUGCAAGAACUACUGCUGUCAAAUUUAGUUGGACGUAUUCCUGCAGAUAUUUUUUCUUCCCACCAAUUCCACCCCCACCCCUGACAGACAUCAUAACCUUUCCCCUCACCUACAACAAACAAAAUGAGAAUAAAAGAUACACUCCUGGGUUGCUCACAGAACUGUCAACGAGACUUAUAGCUCCCGGUAAGAGAUCAAAAUUAAAUGUGUUAUCAAGUCACAUAUAUGUUAUCAUACACAAUCGAUUCUGAUUAACUGGGACACCUUGGGACCAGUACAUUUUGGCUCAUUUAAGCAGCUGUCCCAAUUAGAAGUUUCACAGAAAUAGUUAAAAAGGUAUAAAAAAAAGGCAAGCUACCAUUUAACAAUUAUGUAUUUAAAUUAAAUACAGAACAAAUUAGAACAAUACCAAUGUUAUUGCAGUACUAUAAAACUGUAUAUUGGUUCCUAAUAGUAUCAUCCAGUGAAUGCUGCCAUAUUCUUCCGAUUGACUGUAAAUGAACAAAAUCAGCUCAGGCACCUUAUAUAGAUCAUGAACUGCCUUUGUACAAUCCUUUUAAUGAAUGUACCUUCCAACUCUUCAUUUUCAUUGUAAUAUUCAAGAAUAUUGAUACUUCCAAAUCCUUUGUAGUUCCUGACUUAAAUUAAUGAAAUAGUUUCAUUUUCACUCCCAGCCGUUUCUGGCAUCUACAAGCCUGAAUGCUUGAAAUCACAGUUAGCAAAACAGUUCUGAAUUGUUUUACUGCUUAUUUCUUGCCAACUAUCAGUGACAAGGAACACUGCUUUCUGAACACAAACACAUACAAAUUGUGUUAUUUAAAAACUGUUUGCAAAAGCACAGUGUAAUGUCCCAUGGCCACAUGUGUGCACGCGACUGAUGCUACUUACAAACUGUUCAGCAACACUCUCCUGGCCCAAUUCAGUGGCAUUAUAUCCCAAAUAAACAAAUGGAUCACGGCUAUUUUCUCAAUUUGAUUUUGUUCUUUAAGAGUUGUCCCAAAUAAGUGUCUGUCCUGAUUAACUGAUGGCCCAAUUAACCAGAAUCCACUGUACUACCUUGAGAUUCAUUUUUAUUUAUAGAAAAAUAAAGAAAUGCAACAGAAUUUACAAACAACUAUAUGCAGCAACUAUAUUAUCUGGUCAAGACAGCAUCAGCAAACAAUGAUUCCUUGGGUGACAUCUCCCAGAUCGCAGAUCUUUUAAACUAUUUCUACACCUUCUGCUUGUUCAUUCUGAAACUGUUGGUGCUUGUGCCAUACAGCUUGGAUCUCGAUCGAAGGAUCCAGCACUGUACUAUGUCCGGACAGCAGCCUCGUGGAGAAAACCAAAGCUGACGCAGGGUCAUGAACAACUCCAUCUCAAAGCAGUGAGGAAGACUGAAGCAUCGAGGUGAAGCUGUUUGGACUCCUGACAGAAGCCAGAAGUUCGACGACCGCCCCCAACGGGGGCCAGAGGGUCGGCAAUGGAGGCCACUCUUCGGACCAGGUGUGAGUUCUGUGUCAUGGAAGGAUUGUUCAAUGUUCUGAGAUUUAUGUGAUUGGACUGUACUUUAUAUUGAUCCCCUUCAGUUUCUCAGUAUUUUCUUUCUUGUGGCUGAUUAGUGGGUGGGUCAUCUGUAAGGUGUGUGUGUUGAUGCCACUAUUCCUGUUCUUUUUUUCCCAAGCAAGACAGUUACUCGCUGCCUUUAUUCUCUGCGGGGCAGGAGUUUGGGGGGUGAGUUGCUAUUGCCACUGUCUUUUUUUUCUCUGAGUGGGGGAACUGGAAUUUUUUAUUGUUGCUGUGUUUUUUUCUGUGGGAGAGGGGAUCAGGAUUUUUAUUGCUGCUUUCUUCUGUAGGGAGGGGGCUUGGGAUUGUUAUUGUUGUUGUUUUUCUUGUGGGGGGUCAGGGAUUGUUGUUAUUGGUGUUUUUUCCCUAUGGAGGGGGUUAGGGAUUGUUAUUGUUGGUUUUUGGUGGGGGAAGUGUAAUUGAUGUUUUUGGCGGGGAAGUGUAAUUGAUGUUUUUUUCUGUGAGGACGAGAAUCGGGAACUGUUAUUGUUGCUGUUUUUACCUGUGGGGAGGGGUGGGGGAUUCUGGGGUCUGAGUUUUGAAUCUUUUAUUUUUUUUCAUCUGUACUUCAUGGACAAAUAUCAGAGUUGUACUGCACAUGCAUACUUUGACAAUAAAAUGAACCUUGUAAUCAGUAACUGAUGGCCAAUAUGCAAAGAGUAAAGAAGCAAAUAAUAAAAAUAAUACU